AUGACUAUGUCAAAAGAGCAACGUUAUAAGAGAAAAAUUACUAAAGGAAAACCACAACCCUACGCAUUGCACUCAGUUAAUUCGCAGAUAGCAAAAUUGUUAAAUAAGGGUGGCACUAUUGGAAGCAACCGCCCACUGGAUAGGAACCAGUCGUUAGUAAAGCCACGUGGUGGCUCAGCAAAAUUGUUAAAUAAGGGUGGCACUAUUGGAAGCAACCGCCCAUUGGAUAGGAACCAGUCGUUAGUAGAGCCACGUGGUGGCGCAGCAAAAUUGUUAAAUAAGGGUGGCACUAUUGGAAGCAACCGCCCACUGGAUAGGAACCAGUCGUUAGUAAAGCCACGUGGUGGCUCAGCAAAAUUGUUAAAUAAUUGUGGCACUAUUGGAAGCAACCGCCCACUGGAUAGGAACCAGUCGUUAGUAGAGCCACGUGGUGGCGCAGCAAAAUUGUUAAAUAAGGGUGGCACUAUUGGAAGCAACCGCCCACUGGAUAGGAACCAGUCGUUAGUAAAGCCACGUGGUGGCUCAGCAAAAUUGUUAAAUAAGUGUGGCACUAUUGGAAGCAACCGCCCACUGGAUAGGAACCAGUCGUUAGUAAAGCCACGUGGUGGCUCAGCAAAAUUGUUAAAUAAGUGUGGCACUAUUGGAAGCAACCGCCCACUGGAUAGGAACCAGUCGUUAGUAGAGCCACGUGGUGGCGCAGCAAAAUUGUUAAAUAAGGGUGGCACUAUUGGAAGCAACCGCCCACUGGAUAAGAACCAGUCGUUAGUAGAGCCACGUGGUGGCGCAGCAAAAUUGUUAAAUAAGGGUGGCACUAUUGGAAGCAACCGCCCACUGGAUAGGAACCAGUCGUUAGUAGAGCCACGUGGUGGCGCAGCAAAAUUGUUAAAUAAGGGUGGCACUAUUGGAAGCAACCGCCCACUGGAUAAGAACCAGUCGUUAGUAGAGCCACGUGGUGGCGCAGCAAAAUUGUUAAAUAAGGGUGGCACCAUUGGAAGCAACCGCCCACUGGAUAGGAACCAGUCGUUAGUAGAGCCACGUGGUGGCGCAGCAAAAUUGUUAAAUAAGGGUGGCACUAUUGGAAGCAACCGCCCACUGGAUAGGAACCAGUCGUUAGUAAAGCCACGUGGUGGCGCAGCAAAAUUGUUAAAUAAGGGUGGCACUAUUGGAAGCAACCGCUCACUGGAUAGGAACCAGUCGUUAGUAAAGCCACGUGGUGGCGCAGCAAAAUUGUUAAAUAAGGGUGGCACUAUUGGAAGCAACCGCCCACUGGAUAGGAACCAGUCGUUAGUAAAGCCACGUGGUGGCGCAGCAAAAUUGUUAAAUAAGGGUGGCACUAUUGGAAGCAACCGCCCACUGGAUAAGAACCAGUCGUUAGUAGAGCCACGUGGUGGUGCAGCAAAAUUGUUAAAUAAGGGUGGCACUAUUGGAAGCAACCGCCCACUGGAUAGGAACCAGAACCAGUCGUUAGUAGAGCCACGUGGUGGCGCAGCAAAAUUGUUAAAUAAGGGUGGCACUAUUGGAAGCAACCGCCCACUGGAUAAGAACCAGUCGUUAGUAGAGCCACGUGGUGGCGCAGCAAAAUUGUUAAAUAAGGGUGGCACUAUUGGAAGCAACCGCCCACUGGAUAGGAACCAGUCGUUAGUAGAGCCACGUGGUGGCGCAGCAAAAUUGUUAAAUAAGGGUGGCACUAUUGGAAGCAACCGCCCACUGGAUAAGAACCAGUCGUUAGUAGAGCCACGUGGUGGCGCAGCAAAAUUGUUAAAUAAGGGUGGCACCAUUGGAAGCAACCGCCCACUGGAUAGGAACCAGUCGUUAGUAGAGCCACGUGGUGGCGCAGCAAAAUUGUUAAAUAAGGGUGGCACUAUUGGAAGCAACCGCCCACUGGAUAGGAACCAGUCGUUAGUAAAGCCACGUGGUGGCGCAGCAAAAUUGUUAAAUAAGGGUGGCACUAUUGGAAGCAACCGCUCACUGGAUAGGAACCAGUCGUUAGUAAAGCCACGUGGUGGCGCAGCAAAAUUGUUAAAUAAGGGUGGCACUAUUGGAAGCAACCGCCCACUGGAUAGGAACCAGUCGUUAGUAAAGCCACGUGGUGGCGCAGCAAAAUUGUUAAAUAAGGGUGGCACUAUUGGAAGCAACCGCCCACUGGAUAAGAACCAGUCGUUAGUAGAGCCACGUGGUGGUGCAGCAAAAUUGUUAAAUAAGGGUGGCACUAUUGGAAGCAACCGCCCACUGGAUAGGAACCAGUCGUUAGUAAAGCCACGUGGUGGCUCAGCAAAAUUGUUAAAUAAGGGUGGCACUAUUGGAAGCAACCGCACACUGGAUAGGAACCAGUCGUUAGUAGAGCCACGUGGUGGCGCAGCAAAAUUGUUAAAUAAGGGUGGCACUAUUGGAAGCAACCGCCCACUGGAUAGGAACCAGUCGUUAGUAAAGCCACGUGGUGGCGCAGCAAAAUUGUUAAAUAAGGGUGGCACUAUUGGAAGCAACCGCCCACUGGAUAGGAACCAGUCGUUAGUAGAGCCACGUGGUGGCGCAGCAAAAUUGUUAAAUAAGGGUGGCACUAUUGGAAGCAACCGCCCACUGGAUAGGAACCAGAACCAGUCGUUAGUAGAGCCACGUGGUGGCGCAGCAAAAUUGUUAAAUAAGGGUGGCACUAUUGGAAGCAACCGCCCACUGGAUAGGAACCAGUCGUUAGUAAAGCCACGUGGUGGCUCAGCAAAAUUGUUAAAUAAGGGUGGCACUAUUGGAAGCAACCGCCCACUGGAUAGGAACCAGUCGUUAGUAGAGCCACGUGGUGGCGCAGCAAAAUUGUUAAAUAAGGGUGGCACUAUUGGAAGCAACCGCCCACUGGAUAGGAACCAGUCGUUAGUAAAGCCACGUGGUGGCGCAGCAAAAUUGUUAAAUAAGGGUGGCACUAUUGGAAGCAACCGCCCACUGGAUAGGAACCAGUCGUUAGUAAAGUCACGUGGUGGCGCAGCAAAAUUGUUAAAUAAGGGUGGCAGUAUUGGAAGCAACCGCCCACUGGAUAGGAACCAGUCGUUAGUAAAGUCACGUGGUGGAGCAGCAAAAUUGUUAAAUAAGGGUGGCACUAUUGGAAGCAACCGCCCGCUGGAUAAGAACCAGUCGUUAGUAAAGCCACGUGGUGGCGCAGCAAAAUUGUUAAAUAAGGGUGGCACUAUUGGAAGCAACCGCCCACUGGAUAGGAACCAGUCGUUAGUAAAGCCACGUGGUGGCGCAGCAAAAUUGUUAAAUAAGUGUGGCACUAUUGGAAGCAACCGCCCACUGGAUAGGAACCAGUCGUUAGUAAAGUCACGUGGUGGCGCAGCAAAAUUGUUAAAUAAGGGUGGCAGUAUUGGAAGCAACCGUCCACUGAAUAGGAACCAGUCGUUAGUAAAGUCACGUGGUGGCGCAGCAAAAUUGUUAAAUAAGGGUGGCACUAUUGGAAGCAACCGCCCACUGGAUAAGAACCAGUCGUUAGUAAAGCCACGUGGUGGCGCAGCAAAAUUGUUAAAUAAGGGUGGCACUAUUGGAAGCAACCGCCCACUAGAUAGGAAGCAGUCGUUAGUAAAGCCACGUGGUGCCAAGCUCACGACACCCACGGCACGAUAUGGGGCAGUGGAUAUUCUUACACUGCCACUACACGGUUAG